AUGACUGAACGCGAUACCGAUAUAUUUUGUUCAUUCUGUAACGAACCAUUUACAUCAACAGAAGAUAUUGGAAAUCAUUUGAUGAUAUGUGGUAAUAAGACCGAUCCAUGUCCUAGAUGCAAUCAAUUCAUUCGACGAGCUAUUUUUGCUUAUCAUUAUGAAAAUAAUUGUGCUAUUCUCGAUGAAAUCACAACGCGUGAUAAAACCUAUCAGACAUCUCAAAAUUCUGCAGGUAUAACAGUAACAAUCAAAUGUAACAAUUGUCAUCAAAACUACGAUAAAACCCGCCGCAAAGAACAUCAAGAAAAUUGUAUUUAUAAUCCAGUAAAUAUUGAGGAAAACCAGUACUUUCUAACGGAUGGCAAUGCUAAUCAUAAUAUAAAUCAAACGAAUCAAUUUAACAAUCUUGACGAUGGUAAUAUUCUUAUUCCUUGCGAAUAUUGCAAUAAAGGAAUUUUAUGGGAACAUUAUGAGAAGCAUAUUAAAGCUUGUCAGAAUGAAGAACAUGAACGAUUACAAAGAAAAUCUACUACAAAUACUGGCGCUACUCCAUGCAAAUUUUGUAAAAAGUUCAUGUCAUUAGUUGGCAUUUUAUAUCAUCAGGUGAAGAUGUCUUGUUUGUUGACUAUCCACUUCUAUAUUUCUUUUAUAUACAGACGUGCUGCAUGCUAAAUCCUCAUCGUAAUAGAAACUAAUGUUGAUAUUUUGGUCUUCGGUUCACUUUACCUUAAAUAUCAGUUAAUGGUUACUAUUUACACAAACAGAAACAAUCCACAACAUAUGCAAAUCUUAUUAUUACUUAUUUCAUUGAAACUAUCUUUUUUAACAAGAUAUACUUUCUAUAUCUGUAUUAUGAAUACAUUACUAUUGCUUCUAUACAAAUUGUGUUAAUAUAUUAUACUCGAAAAUGAAUAAUAAGGAUGGGUAUUUCACAUCGAAAUUAGCUUAACAAAUGUGUGCAUAUGUAGGAGAGAGAAGAAGCAGAAUAGUCGGUUUUCUAAUUAAUUGAUUAUUAAUUAUAAGAAGGAUGAAACAUAUGACGAUUUACUAUUUUAUUUUGAUUUUAUAUAACAUAUUUUCAUUCAUGUUGAUUUAUUUCAGAUAAAACAAAAACUAUUAAUAAACAAUUAACAUGAGUGAAAUAGUAAGUUUAAAGUUUAGAAGUAAUCAAAAUAUUUUUUUAUACAAUGUACAAUAAAUACUUUUUAUGUUUUAUUAAUUGAAUUUGUUUUUUCACAAGGAGAACAAUACUUCAAAGCGAUUUAUCUCAUGUUCAUUCUGUGAUGAGAAAUUACCUUCAUCUUCACUGGGAGAACAUUUAAUGAUGUGUGGUAAUAAAACAGAUGAGUGUCCACGUUGUAAAAAGUUCAUUCGACGAGCUGUAUAUGCAUA